AUGUAUUUAAAGAGACCUGCAGCUGGUCUCUCCUUCUGUCUCUUCUAUUUGGCUUCUUAUUUCACCAACAAGUAUGUCCUGUCUGUCCUGAAAUUCACCUACCCUACCCUUUUUCAAGGGUGGCAGACAUUAGUUGGUGGAUUUCUGCUCCACGUCUCCUGGAAGCUGGGCUGGGUGGAGAUCAGUUGCAGUUCAAGAUCUGAAGUACUGACAUGGCUCCCGGCUUCAGCGCUUUUUGUGGGCAUUAUCUAUGCAGGUUCCAGGGCAUUAUCUAGAUUGCCAAUUCCUGUGUUCCUUACUGUCCACAAUGCAGCAGACGUUAUAACCUGUGGAUUCCAGAAGUUUGUGCAGAAAGAGCAGACCUCUCUCCUAAAAAUCUGUAGUGUGCUAUUCCUCCUGAUCGCAGCAGGGUGCCUUCCUUUGUUUGACAUGCAGUUUGAUCCAGAUGGCUAUUUCUGGGCUCUAAUUCACUUGAUCUGUGUUGGGGUUUACAAAGUCAUUCACAAGUUGUGGAAAACUAGUUCCUUAAGUGAUUUAGACCAACAAUAUAUAAACUAUGUAUUCAGUGUGGUGCUUUUGGCCUCUGCAUCCCAUCCAGCAGGUGAUCUCUUCAGUGCCUUGGACUUUCCAUUUCUGUAUUUCUACAGAUUUCACAGCAGCUGCUGUGCCAGUGGACUGUUGGGAUUCUUUCUGAUGUUGCACACAGUGAAGCUAAAAAGCAUCACAACCUCAUGGCAAUAUGCAGCCUGGAGUUUCCUUGCAAAGGUUACCACAGCUGGUUUAUCACCAUUUGUCUUUGGCAUGACUGUUAAUGUACCAACAGUUUGUUGCAGUAUCACCAGAAGGGGAGGAAAUCAUUCCAGUCUUCUUGGCAGUUUGGUGUUGGCACUUCAACAAGGGACUCCUGGUUGCUGCCUCCUGCACAUCACUGAGUUGCUGCAGGGAAGCUGUGAGAUUCAGACCAAGAGGGGAGCUGCUCCACAGUAUAUAAGAGUUGGAGAAACAACAUGUUAUACUCCUGAGGGCAUUCUGCACCAAAAAAUUUAA